AUGAUAUUGAUCCUUGCUUUUGGUUUGGAUGAAUUGGUUCUUUCGUUCACAGCCUUCGGAAACGCCAAAACUGUACGCAAUGACAACUCAUCCCGAUUUGGAAAGUACGUUGACGUCCACUUUGAUCAGAACUCCGGUCGCAUUGUGAGUGCACGGAUCGAGCAGUACUUGCUGGAAAAAUCUCGCAUCGUCACGCAGGCCCCUGGCGAGCGAAACUAUCAUGCCUUCUAUUGCAUGCUUGCGGGUAUGAAGACGGAGAGGAAGAACCAGCUCGGUCUUAAGGAUGUCAGUGCCUACAAUUACCUCGUUCAGGUUAGUUUUACACUCGACCCCAUUACUGCGUUUUGUCCCGCAAUUUGAGUAACCUGGGCCAUUUCGGGAUGCCAAAAUCAUGUGAUCUGGGAUGCUUACGAUCACAGAAGUCAUAAGUAAACCUACAACUCAGGAGCUGGGUCUUAAAAAAGUAUAGAGAUUGAAUUCAAGUCUUAUAUUGAUCCUGAUAAUGUGUCCGGUAUAGGUAAUUGAAAACAGCAGAAAACUCCUAGUUUUGGUGAUUCUAGUCUCAUCAGUUAUUUUCCGGCAUGACAUUUACCCGGGAUCAUGUUUAAAACGUGACCUUAUUGGGUAAUACCUGCCUUAACUGGGAGCUUUCCUACGAUUUUCAUCAAAGUUAUUAAAGAUGGAUUACAGCAGAGUGUUUAACUGAUCUUAGCCUCAAACAGCAUUCGCAUAGUCCUACAACGCCCACUAUCUGAAAGGCUCGUCUUCACACACAUCAGACAAGUACCUGACAGCCUUAGUCCUUAGGAAUGUCCUGUUGACUAUCAGUAGUACUUGGAAAAUGGUCCCUGCACCCCUUCAGUGUCACCAGCAUUGUGCAUCUGGCGUAUCACAUGAAAUGGUAAUCGAGAUUCUGAAAUGUGUUUUCGACUGGAAAGAAUCACGUAAGUGGGACUGCAAUAUUUACUGGCAUGUAGUAUAAUCCCAAGGUAUUUCCGCCACGCCAGGAUAUCUGCUUUUGGGCCCGUUUUUAUCGGCUGUCUGCAAAAAUUGCAUUCAGUUAAAAAGAACUACUUCAGUAGUGGGAAUUUUUCGAACCGACUUUCGAUCUCCGCACAAAUUCAAAUAUAUUUCAUAGAAAAGAUGCUCAAACAGACUUUUUUCCACUUGUCUGGUAGAAAAGUAUGUUUUCCGAAAUUUUUCGGCUUAAAAAUUUCUAUUUAUGAGAUUUUUAGGACUGUGAAAAGUCCAUCCAUACAGCAUCAUAUCAGUCCGUUUUUAGAUUCCCUAAUGAAUCACACAGUAUGACCCAUAUUCAUUAAAAUAUUUCAUGCGCUCUGUAGGAUGACUUCCUGGUAAAAUAGAGAAAUUUGUGAUUCUCCUUAUACAUAAGGUAUACAGCAUGCGGUUUGGAAACCCUAGGCGCAAGUGUAACCGCAGAUCGAGUUUAAGACUAUACGAAAACUGAAGAAGGCUUUUUAAACGCUAAAGCAGCGGUAACAAACCAUAAUACCUAAGUUUUAAUUUUUUUACCGAGUAUGGCUUUGUAGGCGAUCAGAAAGAAGCUCGUUCAAAAGUUGAGGUUCUGCCGUGACUGAAAUAUCUCGCGAUUAUGCGGCCUGCUAUUAAAUAUUACAACCCCACCUAAGUGAUCUUUUCUUAUAGAAAACACACUUCAGACUUUCGGUUAAUAGUUCAUGAAGUACGCCAAAUACUAUAAGAUGCAUGCAUCUUUACUAAAAGAAGUCUACCUACAAAAAGUCCCUUAAUGAAAUUUCAAAAAUGCUUAUAUGACCUAACGGCCCACUACAGCCCCAAGAGAACUACGGCAGUAUUUUCAUCUCAAAUCUCGAUUUAAAGCCGUUUAUUUAGGGUAAAUCUGGAAGCAAUGAUGUAUCCUUUUUGUUUUGUAGAAUGAAAACGUUUGUGAUAACAAAAAUGACGCAAAUCAUUUCGAAACAAUCGUGUCUACAAUGAAGUAUUUGAAGUUUCGUGACAAGCAAAUUGAUGACAUAUGGAAUCUCCUUGCUGCAAUCCUUCACCUGGGUAAUAUUUCUUUUUGCGAAACCCUCAAAGAAAGCGCCGAUGCAAGCAAAAUCGUGGACUCAAACCGAGCAGAACUCCGCUACGCUUCCAGUCUGCUUGGGGUACGUGUUUAACAUCUCAACUGAUGUUCUGCUGGAAAAAAGCAGUUACUUCUAGAUGGUAAAAAACUCGUUAACACCGGCCGUUCCCGCAGCUCCAAGUACUCUUCCCUGCCUUUAACUUUUCUCACCUCUAUUCACCUGUUUCGCUACCACAGUAAACCUGCUUUAUUGUGACUUAGAUAUUUGUUUGGCGAUCUUAUUAUCCCGUUCUCAAAAAACCUAGACCCUGUCACCACUUGAGUUACAAUGCAACCUUUCUGGGCCUGACGGAAGGGCUCUAAAGAGUUUCGAACUUUGCUCCAUAACUGCGUAACUAUGAAGUGGCUGAACGAUAAGCACUGCGAUUGUUUACUUUUACGAUGGACAAAAUGGAAUUUAAACCAAAAUGCUAUUUUAACUGCACGUUAAGCAUGCACAAAUAUACACGUCUCAAUUAUUGGUCGAUAGUGCAAAGCGUAGUAACGGCUUUUUUCAGGAGCAACUAACCGUCAAACAAAAUGUAUUCUUAGCGUGUAUACUUCGAGUCAUCCAGUAUUUCGAUGUGCCAACUUGUGUGUGAACGUUUCUUUUUUCCGUCCUCAGAUGAGUCCAGGCUGCCUGGAACGAGCUUUAACCACAAAACGUCUUCUCACUGCUGGGGAAUGCGUGGUUGCGCAGAUCCUGCCGGCUACAGCGCAUACUGUGCGUGACGCCUUCGCAAAGACCAUCUACGACCAACUCUUUAGGUGGAUCGUAGAGAAGAUAAACGCAGCUAUCUAUCGUCCCCUGGAGGGCGCGAAGCCAAAGACAUCAGCGCAGACACCGUCUUCUCGUCAGAGCACGUCCAGGCCGGUUUCUCUAAAUCGCGUCUCAGACGACCGUAGGUCCACCAGUCUGCUUGGCUCACGAGGCGCGCAAAAAACCAUCACUUCAGACUCUGACGCCCAUUGGGCUCCCCGCAACCGUAGCCGCUCAAAAGCCGCUGACACAGCCGAACACAAGGAUGUCGAUUCCUCCGGAACGGCGACCACAUCGACGGUUGUUUCAUCUGCAGGCCCUGGAAGAGUUUCAAUCGGUGUCUUGGAUAUUUUCGGCUUUGAGAACUUCUCUAAAAACAGGUUUUUACCGUUGAAAAUUGUUUCAGCACAAAUACCAGGCUACCGUUUCAAGUAGCCUAUUUAACCUAAUUCAAUAUUAUUAAUUUUAACGCGCAAAGCAGUUUAAUUCUUCCUUGUGCCACUCCUAUUAAGUCGCCCACUGAUUCUAAUCCUAAGUAGAAAUAGUAGAAAUGACAGACAGGUCUAUUAACUCCAUGGCCGAUGAGUGCGUUACUCCUCGACGAUAUGUGGUCAUGUGGCAAAUCACUGAUGCGGAAACCGACUGAAGGAAGGCCAGUUUACGUUGAUCGAGGGUCGGGCAAGUGGUUUUCACGUGCAGGCGUGUGAUUUAUGUUCGAUCAACUACUGCGCAAUCAUCCACUUCUAGCUGCCUCGACCUUUUCAUGUCAUCUGCGGUAACAAUCGGGAGAGGGCACCCAAAUAUCCGUUGCCUAGAAAUGAUACCUGCUAUACCUAUUUGAGUAGGUUAUGGCCCUACAUAUUUGUUGUUUCAUUCGACCUCAUUUUUAUCUGAUGUGCAGUGUACAUGUUGCCUCAGUAAGAUUUUCAUAGUCUCCACCAAGUGAGAAUGCUAGAGAGAGCAUAUUAAAAGGAAGCUAUCACGGCCUGGCUCUCAGUCCUGAGGAGGGUGGACCGAGUUAUCCCGUCAGUUGGCAACCUUUACAGCCACGAAUCUCAGCACUUCGGGGCAGAUUUAAGGGCGCCAGAUUUAUCAUAAUGAGGAAUGAGACUGAUCUCCGUGUUAACGUCCAUCGUUCUUCCCUCCUCCAGGUAGCAGUCCAUUGUCUGAGCCUCGUAGACCAGUCCAAAAGCCGACAGAAGCUAAUGCUUUUGAUACCAGAGGAUAUCAGUUAGGUUGGUCUAGGUAUUGAUUGAUGGGUCAACAGAUGACGGCCAUAUUUGUCGUUGACAAGGAAAUCCGCUCGGAGCUGCGACCGUUUUAGCUUACCGUUCUUUUACGGAGUUGUUGUUUCACAUGAGGAGAAUGGACGCGCUGUUCCUCGGUCCUACCCAUUCGUUGUUAUGUUGCGUACUGUACUUACGACUGUGGAUCAUGUCAGUUGACGUCGGUUAUAGGUGAAGGAUAAACAUGGAAAAACCUAACGACUUGGAAGUGAUGGAUGAACCAAAACUAUUCCGUGAGGUUUACGAAGAAAGCGAGAACGUCACUGCUCAUUCGUCAAAUAAAAAUCCUUGCUAGACACGGCGUUGCACCAUUUCCCUAGUAGUCCGUUCGGAACUUCAUUGUUGGUUUUGCCGGAAUUUUGGAUCAAAAGGACUUGUUGGUCAUGCCAACCCUACCCAAACAUUCCAUUAAAUGUUCAUUUUUUCAACUGCUCUUGGCGAGAAGACGAAACUAGUUGUGGACCCCUAAUACAGGAACUCAUAGUAUGUUUAAAAAUUUAACUAAUCUCAUUAGAACCCACAAUAAAUCAGUAAAUUGAAACAGAGUGCUUGAUCCGCAUCCUGGUUUGACUUUUCAGGUAUUUUCUCUAUUUCUAGUUUUGAACAGCUCUGCAUUAAUUACGCCAACGAAAACAUUCAGCAGUACUUUGUCCGGCACAUCUUCAAGCUAGAACAGGAGGAGUAUUUGGCCGAAAACAUCAACUGGACGCACAUAAAUUUCCAGGACAAUCAAGACGUGUUGGAUUUGAUUGCGUAUCGACCCCUCAACAUACUCUCACUCAUUGAUGAAGAAAGUCGUUUUCCGCAAGGCACGGACGAGAGUUUUCUCAACAAACUGAACAGUCGACACUCUAAUACGCCAAACUACGUGCGGGCUUUGUCAACAGCUGAAAAAGUAAGCUGUUCUCCUCGAACUUUAAUGAACGCUCCGUGUCGCAUUUAUAGUCUAGUUGAUCGAUGUAGGACAGUAGGCAACAAGUUGAGAAAGAUUAUCGGAGUUUGCACCAGGCAAUAUAUUUGGCCACAGUGUAUGGGUUUUUGUUUCCCAAAAUAUAAAAGCAACUGUUUGGUUGAACGCUUAAACGCUUUAAAACUGGCAUACCCAAGUUUAAAUCAACAAAAAUUUCCAGUAGCGGCUAGGGUUGUGACUCCGAUUUUCCAAUUUGCCUCUCCGACAGCACAGACAGUAGACCAUUAGCUCCCCAGUUCCGUUCAUGCAAAACCAUUGCUUGACAGUUUUCUACCUUAUCACAAUUUACGGAGACAUUUCCCACACAUUUCCCAUCAGUAAGUAAACGAGAUUCGCAGUACUACGUUCGCAUUUAGCCAAGUCCCUUUCUAGUACGGCAAACAUUUAAGCCUCUUUUGCGUUCAGUAGAUUUUGCGCCUGCCCGGAUUUGAUCGGAAAAACACUAUCCCUGGAGUUGAGGGUGCAAGCGAUUGUAUAAGUCAAGAAGAGACUUAGCAAUCCCUGCAGGAAUUGGCGUUGUUAUACGUUUAAAGCACAGCGUGUUUUCACUGGUAAAGUUGCUCCCUGUUUCAUUGUAAAAAUUUCAGAUGUAAAAACAAAUACUAUUGGUAGCUUACCUGUUCGUACGCGCUAGCCUCAAACAAACGAUGUUUACAAAUUGGGAAGCGUGUGGCCUCAGCAAUCACAGGCCUUCUACUAUUAUUUCCACUCUUUUCAAUAUUUUUCCGAUAAAUCUUUGCUGGCUAUAAUCAGAUACUGCGGACACCGGCUGAGUGUUUGUUAAGUUGGGGUCGGCUUACUCAUAUCUCCCUUGGCUGAAGAAAGUAAAUGACCAGUCAAUGGAGUCCGAUUGGCUGGUGAUAGCGCAAAGCAGGUAGGCAGAAGAGGCGCGUUUUAAGAAGUAUACAGACAAAUUCCAGCUUUGGUCCUCGCGGAAUCGUAGACUUGCAAGGCGCAACGUCCACAGGAAGCUAUUAACAGGAUAGAGCAUCUUCGGCUUUGUGGAUCGCGCCGUUCGUCUUUCCCGCUUAGUCUCAACUAGCCUAUGGGGAAUUCGGAACUCUUGGCGAGGUGGAGAAUCAGUAGACAUAGCUCUGUGUCAGCUUCUCCGUUGAUCUUGAUAUUGAUUAUAAAUAAUAUAAGUUCUGCCUUUCGAUCUUUUUCCUGUGGAAGGAAAACUCCUAUUUUGCAAAAUAUUGUGCAGAAAAUGGCACUAAUAAAAGCAAUUUCAUGUUAUCGACGAGCGGUUUGAACGUAGAAACAGAUUCCUGCCAUUAAUAGUUAUUAGAUUUUGUCUUUUUUUAUCGAGAGGACUUCUAACUGAACCGGUUACUUUUCUUAACGUUUUUAGCGCUUUGGGAUUCGUCACUUUGCAGGCCCGGUUUUUUAUGAAGUGGAGGGUUUUCUUGAAAAGAAUAGGGACACUUUCAAUCACGAUCUCCUGGACGUGAUCGGCACCUCCAAAAAUACUUUCCUUCGAGAGCUUUUCGAAAAACGGCUUAACUCCGUGCGUUUUAUCAUAUUUUGUCCGCUUCUUGUACUUUUACAAAUCUGUUUUUUUUCAAGUUUCUCUCAAAUUUUUUCACAUUCCUCUGGAGAAAACCCAUAAGAGCAAUGACUGUUGAAAAUCAUAAAACCUGCGUAGUUAUAGUAUUUAAAUGUACUUUUAAGUCGAACCUUGUGCAGCAGAAAUUCCGAAUUUUUUUAUACGCGUCUAACUCAGCUGCUUGCCUCGAAAACGGGUACUGAUGGGAAAAAUAGUAUAUGCGCGGUCUUUUACUACCUUCCACCCUCCUAAGUAGAAAUAUGACUUUCAGGAAUUUCGAUACAUCACUAGGAGCUGUGAUGUAGAUUCGAACAAGACAGUUUACCUUUCCGUCUACGUAACUCGAAGAGAAGCUUAUGGAACGCAGCAGGCUUAUUUUAUUCAUUUAACAACUACUUCUGUGACUACAGUUCUCAGACCUGUAUUAUAUUUUUAUACAAUAUUUAGACUUCGGAAUCUCGUUCGCGGUCAUUGACGUUGAGUAUGCAAUUCAAGCGAUCUCUGGAGCGUCUCCUCCAGAUCAUCAAUGGUUGCCACCCCUUCUUCGUUCGUUGCAUUAAACCCAACGAACUGAAGCUUCCCAACUGUUUUGAUCGUGAACUCUGUGUACGACAGUUGCGCUACUCAGGCAUGAUGGAGACCAUACAGAUUCGUCGCCUUGGCUACCCGAUUCGUUAUAAAUUUGAAGACUUCACUGAACGCUUUCGCGUCAUUCUGAGACCCUGUCCACUGUCACACCGGCGCACUGCUGUGCUCAACAACAUGGCUGAAUUGAUUUGCAGGACAGCCUUCGGGUUCGACACAUCCUACGCGGUUGGAAAGAACAAGGUCUUUUUAAGGGUAAGUUGUUUUUGCGCAUCUUGAGUCAAGCUGCGUAAAACAGCCGUCACUGUCCUAGCCUGACUCUUUUGGGUGCGUUGUUCAGCGCGAAUGACUGUGAUGACCGUUGGUUGCCUCGUCUGACGCACAGAAGCCAACUGUGCGAUGUUUUAUGCCAGAUUACAUGCUGUCGUCUCUGUUGUGUGUGUGCCGUAUGGAUGAAGCCUCACUGUGUCGAUCAUAUGAUUGUAUUCCUAAUCUCUUAACGGUUAGUACGCAGCGCAAUGCCGGUGCGGUUCGAAGUUUUCAUCAACUGGCCAGGUUUCAACUGAAACUUUUAAAAAUCCGAUAUAAAUCCUCGUGAAAGGUUUCGAUUAACUUAAAUGAAAUGGCAACUCAGAAAAAGCAGAGAUCUCUCUGAUGCCCCGAAAUCUCCGGUUUCACCAGUAGACUGGGUAAAGAACUUUAGCCUCUUAGGAAAUGCAGGCAAUGCACCUUGAUAAGGGGAGACAUUUGCUACCCUUAGUUCGCUGUGCACCGACCAAGUGUCUAUCCCACAUGCCAACCCGAGUAGCUUUUAUUAGUACAAUGCUGCGACUGUUUUUGAUGAAAAGAUUUCGAACCUUUUGGGGCUGAUGCUCACUCCUAUAACCUAAAGACGAUUGGUCUAAUUCAGAUUCUGACAUCUCUGUUAUCGGCAACAAAUGCUUACCUGCCUUAGGUUUUCGGCCCUUAAAGCCCGCAACAUAUUAAAAUGGAAAAGGGUUUUAGAAAAUUGGUUUAAUAGUUCGGACACUGGCUUCACCACAUGCAAAUAGCUUUUAUCGACUUAUCCUGAUUGAAGGACAUAAGUGAGAUUGGUAGGACUGACUUAUAUGACCCCCAUAACAGGACAUGGGAAUAGAUUCCUUCCGCCCACGCAAAAAAGGGAAGAGAAAAAUAUUCCGCCUGUUAUAGGUAGAAUGACAUUACCGACAAAGACAAGGGAGACUGGAAUGGCCAUCUCUGGUUUAUUAACCGUCAUCAGCCAGUCACACCCGACCCCGAAGUGUGGAACACCCGAGGCUCGAACUCGCGACCUGUUAAUUAGAAGUCCACGCCUCUAACCUUUGGGCCAGGGGCCCAUUGUCCUGUCGGUUUCGAUCGGGAAUAUACAAUGGUAGGGGGCGCUCACCGAUCGUUCUUACGGAACUCACUCGUUCCGUUGUGCCUUAGGGGCUCUUUCUCGAUCCCAACCACUUGUCCUAACCCCAGCAAUAACCCUAAUACUCCCGUGUCCUAACUCCAACUAAGCCGUUGCCACAAUCUUAACCCUAACCCUGCCAUGAUCUUUAACUCUGCAGUUAACACUAGUCCCCUCCUUAACCCUAAACUAGAUCCUGACCUAACUUAACGUUAACUUAAAGUCGAACCUUUAAUCUAAUCUUUAAAUUAGCCCCAACCAUAAACUUAAACCUAACCCUAAUUUCACUGGAAGUUGACUCAAAGCCACCCAUACUGGAGACGGUCUCUAUUCCCAUAUCAUGCCUAGAGGGCCACACGAGUCAGGCCUACGGUGAGAUUUUCCGUUUCACCUUGGGCCUUAGGGUCCAACAGUUCACGCUUGUGGUUUUAAGAUCGAAAGUGCCCAUUUUCAAUUUGCAAUCAGGGUAAAUCAGUGCUCUGCGCCCUUCAUGGUUUCCGAUCUCAUCGGACACAUCAUGAGCCGCUUGGCGCAGCGAUGAGGGCUUUGCUCAAUGGUCUAAACUCGGGCGUGAUACCUACGCUGGGGUGUCAUUAGAUAAGAUUUCCACUGUCACUGUCUUUUUUGGUAAGACUUCUUGAUAUAGUGUCUCCAUCUACAACUGUAGGAAUGUUAGUACGGGUUUCAAGACGACGGCGGGAAACUAGAAAGUCACGCGAGUCAGGUGGAGGUACACCUUCGGCAAGCCAUUCAGGGGGCAGGUCUAGUUCAGAUGCCGGUUGAGGAUACCGUCAUCUUCCUAUUAUCGACAAGAAACGCUGUCAAAAAUGGUGUCUCUCUAAAGUCAAUGGCAGCCGUACUUUUUACAUUUUACAGUUUUAUUAUUUAUGGCCUUUGAUCCGAUUUUAUUCAGUCUAUCUCCAGUUUGACCUCAGAUAGUCUGAUUGGUGACUAUGUAUAUCGCAAAUCAUGGCAUACUUCCACACACCCCCAUGUGUUUCCUUGGCUGGUUACCGUAACCGUCGCGCGCUGGAUGAAACCAUUUCAAAAAGGACGCAUUUCCGUCGCAAAAGCUUCAGACGGCGCUGACUUCAUCAGGAACUAAUUUUAGCCAUGGAUCCUGUUGCCUAUUGCAUUAACUGAUGCAGAUGUUGGGUACUCGGGUUUCUGACCGAGAAACAGUUUAAUAUACAUGAUCUAUAAAGAAAACCGGAAGCAUACUAGCACGAAGCCGAUGUCCAAAAAUUUCAGAAAUCUGAUGUCACCUGUUUUAUUGAGGUCCCGCUAAUUGUAAGACGUUCUUCUGUUCAAAAUAUUUCACUAGGACCAAAUUAUUUUCCCCCUGUGUUAGUCUUGACUGUUAGAUUUGCAGUGAUGAAUAACAGUUUUUAGAUCAGUCCCAAGGCUCUGGACAAGAGGCGGUCUUGAAGAAGGAGGCAGGAUCUCUGGGACAAGAGCUUUAUUCGCCCGACGUUUCGGAUUUCUGCUCGAACCCAUCAUCAGAGACAAAAGCAGAUACGGGUGGUUCAUGCACAAGGGGCCGAAAUUCUCGCUAGAGGUGACAACCACGUGAGCCGGGAGCUGCUUGAGUCAUGGUUUACUGGCCCCCAGUCCAUUAACAAGUGCAAUGAUCUUCCCCUUCCAUACUCGAUGCUGAGACUUCGCCUAGGCGGAGUAAUUAGCCACGCGAGGAGCGCACAGGUUAACACUUCCCAACAGCAGGGUCGGUGCGUCAGAUGGUCGAGCAAUCAUCACACCAACAUCCAACACACGUGAUGAAAUUGCAGCAAUUAACGACGCGAAUGUCGGCCAUCAAACAAUUAGCACAUCAAGUGCAACGAUCCCUAAUGAAGGGGGGAGCCGUGAACAUUCAUAGGUAUGCGGUAACAUGGCGUCUGCAUCCUAUAAAUACUGCAGCCCCUUGUGCAUGAACCACCUGUAUCUGCUGUUGUCUCUGAUGAUGGAUUCGAGCAGGAAUCCGAAACGUCAGGCUAAUAAAGCUCUUGUCCCAGCGAUCGUAUGUCCUUCUUCAAGACUACUUCCUGGGACUCGUCUCUUCGCUUCCAUUGGCAAGAGACGGUCUGUCACAUGGAAUGUUUCGAACGAGCAAUUGAGCAGACAUAGCCUAGAUCAUUCGUCCAUCCUCAAAUAUGUUGAUGCUAUUGCUAGAAGUGCCAUUGUCUUUGGUCAGGAUGAAUCUUAACCCAACAAACCCGUCGACAGAGGGCACGGAAGUAUGCUGACGGCGUAUUUAGUCAGAUUUCCUUCAUUCAAAUUUCAUGCACUUCCCUCUGACGUUUUGCUAAAUCAGGCGAAUUAACUAUGUUUCGACUACCAGAGCAUUUCAACUAGACUUUCUAUGAACUGCCUCCUGCCCUGUCAGUUUAUGUGGGCUAUGCUUGCUUCCCUACGCUCCGUUGAUAAAUGGGAGAUGAGUUUUUCACUCUGUUUUUAUCUGGCAGUUGUAACCAUGGUACCAGUAGGCUGAAUGCCGGUUCGUGGGAAAAAAUGAUUGUUAAAUUUCAGACCAUGACUACCAUAGGCCUCAUAAUUUCCCGGCAGAUACCCAGACUUUUAAACACCAGCUUGAAGUCCAAAAAAGCGUUCCAACGAAUGUAGCUGUCCUCUACUGCAUUGCCAUGGUUUAGGUACCCUGAUCUGCUUUAAAAUGCAAUUAUGUUCCUCAGACUAUAACCACCAUUUCAGACGGCUCAUGAUGGCCAGCUGGAAUGUCUCCGCGAGAAGAUUCUCAAUGAGAAGUCCGCCUUCAUUCAGAGUCGUUGGAAAGGUGCAAAACAACGACAGCAGUACAUUCGCCUGCGCCAGGCAGCAAUCUUCUGCCAACUACGCUUCAGGCAGUUAGCCGAACGACGUCAUUUUUUGAAGGUAGGCAGUUUUUAGCCCAAGCACGAUGCUCAUCGCCAUCUUCCUGAGUUAAACGCACAUCUGGAAUGCCGAGCCAUGGCUUUGUACCUCCUCCUCUUCGGUCUGGUUCAAAAAACACACUACCCUAAAUACACAGAAUCCUUCCAUCGCUUUUACGAUAUCUUUUGCCCUUUUUGUAGUUCAAGCGGCUAGUUAUCCGUCUGCAGGCCAAUGUGCGUGCUCAUCAGGCCAAAAUUCAUUUCCAGCAGACGAUAGGAUUCAUUGUUAGCAUUCAAUCCAUGGCCAGACGUUGGCUGGCUGUUCGCGGCUCCAGCAUCUUGGCAAAGAGGAAGAAGUAUGUUCACGCAGACUCGGUCAUCCAACAGGUAGGGGGUUCUGGCCGUGAUUGGCACCGUCUUUUGUUCCUAUUCCCGCAGUCUCCACGCGGCAUCUCGUUAUGUUCCUCUUUAUCCGACUGAUUUUGUUAAAUCGCCACUUUUAGACUCAGAGACUUUAGCGUUGAUCUUCAUUUCACCUAAACAUUUUUCUACUUUAUUUACAUGUAAGACAAUAUUUUAAUCAGGGUUUGAUACGUUGAGCUUCGGUCCCUACCUCGGACGUAAAUACCUGUUUCGUUAAGAAGUUACCAAGGAAUUUUCUUGAUGUGGGCUAUCAUUGCAAGAAUCAGCUGAAAUUCCACUGUUGUACCAUAGACUCCUUCCAUACAGUAGGUAGCCUAUCUCAUGAGACAUUGGCUCAGGCCCUAGAAAGUGGUCCCCAUUGGAAAUGACUAUUUAGGGGACGUUGUAAUAAUGAUUAUCAUGCAGUAAAAUCCCAAGAUAUGUCAGUUGCACCAGGAUCCCGGUUUUUGCAUGCGCGUCCUUCCAGCUUUCCGCAAAAAUCAUACUCGGUAAAAAAAUAUAUUUAUGUGACACGACUUUUUCACUGAUUGCCGACGCUUUUAUGAAUCCAAACAUAUUUUAUAGAAAGUAUGCACAAAAAUAUCCCUUCUUGCGCUCAUCAUGCAGUAAAUGACGUCUUCUUUAUUUUUUACACGAAUAAGGAAUAUCUUUAUUCCUUAAAAGAGUAUUUGAAUUCCUUUAUAGAUUUUAGGCAAACCUGUUGAUUCACUUGCAUUAAGGUUUUCCAAACUACAAGCUAUAGACCCUUUAUUUGAAAAAAAUCAUGCCUCCCGCCUAGUUAGGGAACCGGUGUCAUGCUUAGCUAAUACGAUCGUGAAGUGGCUAUGGAUCAUAUUGUAUAUGUCAUAAGGGCCUUACUAAACGAACUGACAUGUUGCUAUCUGAAUAGCCGUUUCACGAUCUUAAAGAAUUUCAUAAUCAUGGGCUUUUCAAAGCCAGCAGAUGCGAUUUUUUUCGCCUAGGUUCGAUCAUGCCUAUUCCAACUAUCACUCGCAAUGCUACAAGGCAGAAAGCACCCUAAGUGUCCCGGUAGCUGUUAUGCCGUCCAGGAACGUAAGGCUCAUAGUCAAGUCCUUCUCCGUGUACAACUCCAGUAUUUUAGUAUUCCAGGAUAUCAUACUAGCAACACAAGUACUAACCAAAAGCCCAGACAUGUGUGUUUCACCGAUAUUCUGCCGUUACGAAGGGUUCGACUCACCAGUGGGUCCCCCCUGCAUUCCCGUCUGCUUUCUGGUAGAUACUCCAAGUUAUAAACUGCAGUUUUUAACUUCCUCAGAAGUUAACUGUUAACUUGGAGUAACUCAGUUUAUACCAAGGUCUAGAGGCGCAGACUGAAGUUUUAUGUAUGAAUAUUUGGGCUGAAGUUUGUCAGCCACAGCAGGAUAACCGCGUGAUAUUCAUUAACUACUGACAGAUAGCUAGUAGUAUAUUUUGGUGUUGCAAGAUAUCACACUCGCAGCACAGGUACUAGCCCAAAUAUCCAUGCAUCAAAUUUCCGUCUGUCCUAGAGAUCUAAGUGUAAUCUGAUUUACUCCAAAUUAGCAGUUUAUUCCAGGUGAAAUUAAAAAGCAACAACUCUAGCAUUUGCAAAGAAAGCUAGUAUCUGUAAAGGUGCUCUUACUUCUUGUUGCAUGGACAAUGCUUUGUUGUGCCAGUUGAUCGAGCUCAGGUCAAAGCCCUGACUCCAAACUUGUUCCGAACUGUUUAAACAAGUGCAAUAGGAGAAAGAUCUACCUCUGCUAACAAAACGCACAUCGAUUCAGAUUUGCCGGAUACAUUAGACAGAGUAAGAAGACUGUCAGAUAAGAAAAUCAUGCAUUUACUACUUCUACUAUUAUUAUUAUUACUACUACUACUACUACUACUGGCAUAAUAAGUUGGAUUAACGGUUUUAUUGGACCACCGAUGAAAAGGACAGAGGCUACACUCCCUGACAAUCCAACAGAUCCGCCCUAGCUUAAGUUUAUUAUCGGCAAACUGCAGAAGCAUCUCGGGGAACUGAACGAAAACAACGCGAUCCACUCUAAUAACUGACACCAGAUAAAGUUAAUAGACACAGAGUUUACCAAUCGAGACUCCAAAAGCUCAGUCUCUCUUAUCCUCCCCGAAUCCAACCCUCUUUUGGGAGAAAAGUCCCACUAAUUAGUUAAUCAAGCGGAUGACUGUGAGACAAUUCAGAAUAUCAACCUCUCGUUUUCCUCUUCGACCUCUGAGCAUCCAAAAAACCAAUCAAAUGACACCUUGCAAUCUUAUUGUCUCUCCCCUUCGACUUGUAAACCGACGUUCGACGUAUGUGCCUCAAAAAAGUCAGUAAAAGAAGAUAGCAGCUGCUCAGGUUUAAAGACUUGCUGGGUGUGCUUGGGUUCUGCUUCAAGAACUCAAACGUCCUCAGUUACCACCACGCUCCGUCGAAAGACAGCUACGCCUCUAGCAUAGCCUUCUGCCUCCGUCGAGACGUCUGCUGUUUAACUGUCAUGCUCCUGAAAGGGCCACGCGGUAUAUGCUCUGGACCAACGCUCAAGGGCUUAAUCAGUGUGCGGUAGGCGUUAUUCAGACUGCGCACCCAUAACAAAUGCCAACAUUGGGAGUUUGGUGGCACGCUCGGGUGAAGGCUGGCGCUGCGCCCAUUGCGACCCGAGCCAUUCCGUCCUUUUCUGGCUGUAUAAAAUCCUGGACAGUGUACUUCGGGGGCGAGGGGGUAUGGUGGAACGCCUAGGCAUGGUUUUUUUGUCUUGUCAGCCAUCUGUGCCUUAUCUUGUCCCCUGUCUUCGUGUCUCUGUCUCGAUACCGAAUCCAGGCAGUAAUGAGACAUUGCGGUAGGUGCUGUGCAAGUCUACUAUCACCAUAAAGCAACUCACAUUUAAGCCACCGUCCCGACUUCCACCCUACUUCAGAGCACACGGUGGACAUCUUCGGUCACGACGACCGAACUGUCGUCACAUUCAAAAUACUUGCCUUGUAUUAAUUAAGUCUGUAUCUCUUAUCAAUUAUCUGUUUAACAGAAUCAUAACGUCAAGCUGGAUACCUGCGAUAGUAUCCUCUCCGUGGAUACACCUUUGAAUCGUGCCGGAAAUGCCUGCAUUCGAACUUGUCCCCUGUUGGAAGGCACGCUGAGGAUAACCAGGGUGGUCAAAGCCGUGCCGGAGGAAUUCAAUUCGUCCCAGUGUGUCUCGUCUCUCGAUGAGUCUAUCGGUGGCAGACCAACUCAGAUUGCCAAGGUUUACGCUUCAACGGACUUCGACAACUUGGUCCGUUGUGCUGCCUUAUUUUCUUUAUCGCAUGUUUACUCACCGCUGUUUGCUGUAGUCCGGUCGUCUUAACAACAGCUUCAGUAGUCAACUUACUGAUGGUCAUAGGGCUGCAGUUGGAACUGAAGUCUAUUAGCCCGUUGCUUUUGCAUCCUAUGUGCAGUCAGUUUUAAUUUUUCAGAGAAAAAGUGUUUGUGUUUCACAGAUUUUACACAACUCCCAGUCUCCUAUCUACUUUAAUUCACUCUUACUUCCAGGUUGAUGAGAUAUUUGGAGGAAUCUUCGAUUCGGUUCAUGAAGAUAAAAUGGCGCGAACAUUGCCAUUCGCCUCUCCGGUAACAGUCACCGAGAAACGCGGAGAUCGACCGGCGGUCCACAUCCACGACUACGGUCAUAGGAUCUGCCAGCUGGCCGACAACAGUCGAGUAAAGGCCCAAUUCUCCAUGGUUUCGCAAAAAAUAACUGACUCUUUGCCUUCAGAACUAGUGUCUGAAGGUGACCACACCUUCAACGUCCAAACUUCUACCGAGGAAUCUUCCGUGGCUAGUCAACCGCCGAUGAACGAGUGCAGCUUUCUUAAGUUUGCAGCUGCGUACUUCCAGACGGGAUCGACGCCGUUGUACACGUCGUCGCGUCUUGUCCGACCCCUCUUAAAGCAUCGGAACCAAUGUGACCUGCUUGUGAGUCAACAUCCAACGGUUCGGAAAUUAAGAAUAAGCAGUGUUUGCUCAAACGUAACCAUCAUAUCUUAAACCAGGUCUCUCAUCAAAAUUUACAACCUAUGCACUCACUUAGUUGUGUCCCAUCAGAGACGUUGACCAAGCAGGACACAAAUUCUCAAGCCUUGACAAAGUAGCAAGCAUCAAUCGGGAUAUCCGUCUCCAGUUUCGUCUUAUACAACUCCUGAAGAAAGUCAUAAAAUCUAGUCCUGUGCCAUUACAGAGCACAUCAGCUGCCCGACUAUGCGGUCGAGCAGUUAUUGGGAUCCUCUAUGAGAUCACAGGAUCAGGCUAAACCAACUAUGCGCCGUUCUGCAUUUAAGUCGCAGCGGUAAACAGUAACAUCGCUACUGACAUAUACAGUGCGUGACCGAUCUCAUUUAUGUCAGCCGAAAUUCUGAACGCGUUUUCGAUUAAGAAAGGUUUCUUAGAUGAUGUUGUGAUAUCAACUAUCGUGUGACAUAACACUAUGAUAUUUCGACUCGCCAGAAUGUUGGCUUUUGAAUGCACUUCAUUUCGACCGUCCGUAAGAAGCACACUCCGUAAAAAGUGGCCAUUUAAGUAGUAUGCAUAUUCCACAUUGAUUUUCGAUGGUCUUACAAAUUCAAGCAUAUUUCAUAGAAAACAUGCAUUAAGAUAUGCUCUCCCUUAUUUAUUUGGUAGUAACUCAUGCUGUCUCCGCAUUUUAUUCUUAGAGAAAGCGUAUAUUUAGGUUUUGAAAAGUUUUCCAAUCCCCGAAUAAUUUUGGUUCUAAUCAGCCGUUGCAUUAGUGUUUAGAGAUUUCAGUCUACAAGACGCAUGCGCUCCGCGUAAGGAUAAUCAUAUAUUCCUUUAUGCCUUUAAGGCGAUACUACAUAGAGCUUAUAAAAUUUUGCAAUGCAUGCGGACAAUGUUGUACGUUUCAUGAGAAGCUUUGAGAAACGGGUAGGUACUGUAUGAAUCGACAUCGGACGGUCUUAAAAAAUCUCAUUAUUGAAAACUUUUAAAACCUGGAGAUAUCCUUUCUUUGAAUAUAAAAUAUGAAGACAGCGUGAUUUGCUACCAAACGAGUAAAAGAAUGCAUAUUUUUAUGCAUGUUUUCCACAAAAUAUAUUUGAACUUAUAAGGCCUUCCAAAAUCAGUGUGAAAACGCAUGCUAUUUAACUAGUCACUUUUUACUGAGUGCGGUUCCAACAGGAAGUUGGAAAAAAGUGCAUUCAAAAGCUAGCACCCAAACGAGUCCAGAAUAUUAUAGGAUUAUGCCGCAUGAUAAUAAUUAAUAUUACAAACCCACCUAAAUAAUUCUUCCUAAUCGAAAACGCAUUGCAGAAUUUUGGCCAACAUUUCACGAAAUUGGUCACUUACUGUAUUUAUUCCCGUCGAGGAUCUCACCAAAAGUUCGCUUCUCCUUUCAGCUAGCCCUGGACAUAUUUUCGAGAAUCCAAGCUUUUAUGAAACCACAGAUGAGAGACAAGGAACGUGUUCUCGGAAAGCAAGUCUUGCGCUCAAAACCCGAGUCUUCAAGGCAGAAAAAGCACAGAACGCCGGUAGGUGGAGUUGCGCACACAGUGCACGUUGCCAACCUGGCAAGUCGCAUUUGGAAUAUUUAGGCGUCAGAUGAUGUAUUUGCUUUUCUACAUCACCUAGCUGCCGAAUGGAGACGAGGACACUUUGGGCGAACACCAGAGGCCCUCUUCUUCCCUCCCGAACUUUCAGAGGCGUAAACGUGCAGCCUCUUCUAUUGACGGCUGCCCUGGAGGUUUAUCACCCAGUAUUGCCUUCACGCAGGCGCAGAACGCACCAGGAGCCGCCGCCGUCGCCGCUGCCUCCUCAGAAGGCAACCUACUGUCUGACCUGCAGAUCGCACGCUUUAUCGUCAAGGCUGGCAUCGAGCACCCACUACUGCGCGAUGAAAUUUACUGUCAAAUUAUCAAGCAGAUAACCAAAAACCCCUGCGAUCUCAGUCGUCGCAAAGGUGCGUGCGGGUACCUUUUUACUUCAGAAUACUCAUUUCCUCUUCCUCCCCCCACCCCCACCGCGCCACUUGGGAAUGUAAAAAGUCAAUACAUUCGUGAUUUUAAUAAGAUAGCUAUGAUUGCACUAGAAAGAUUUCAAAUAUCUGACGGACGCCUCCAAUGGAUGGGUCAACACUUGGGGCAUACAGAAUUUCCCAAGAAAUCUGAACAUGCUAAAAGCCAAGGAGUACGCCCGGACGUUGAAACGCCAGCUUUUAUAGCCUGACGUUCGGAUUCAGAGUUGAACCCAUACUUAGAGCCGGAAACUAUACAAUUGCUUGUCCAUUUUUAUGUCUUAACAGUCAGUUGCUCACAUUUGGGUUAGUUAUCGUGUUGGCUUUGGUGAGAAUGCAAAUAUGACGGAAUACCUCUAGUCUUCGUUUCACGACCCAAAAAAUCUGCAAGACGCUCUUUGAUAUAACCGUAACGGCACGCCUCCCUCGCAGGUAUGUAUCUAUACUUAUAUUCUCACUGCUAGUUUCGCCUAGGAUGCGUCGACAGAGUUGUAUUGAAAUAGGUAUUUUUCGUAGGGUUGCAGUCUUCUGAGAACUAUGCCCAAUCCUCUGAGUCGAGUGGGGAUGAACCAAAAUACAAGGCAGCCAUAGGGCCAAAACACAGGCUCUAUCGACUGCAAAAUGAGCUAUUCACUCCAGACGAAAAUGACAUGCAGUGAGUAAACAUCGUCCCGUUUCCCCCGGGGACUCUGAAAGAACUCUUACCUUUCAAUCCUUGUUCGGCUGUGUGGGAAGUUUUAUGACUUAAACCUGGUUCCUCACUGGGCAAUUUGGCCGCUGUUAUCGAUGAUAACCUCAACUAUCCGGCGUGCAGUGAUGGUAUCUUGCGAAAGACCUGCCCUACACAUGCCUCGGCCAAGAUUAUUCGUUUUUCGAUUAAGCGACUGCUCGGUGAGUAACGGUAUGAUUUACCCAUGCAAGGCAACUUCAACACAGAAAAUCGGCUCAGCCUGGGUCUGCUAAAGCUGUUGAAAGCUUUCUUGGGCGCUUUUGUUAAGUUCUUCUUCUUGUUGUCGGCCCUAAAUUGAGCAACUUUUACUUUUCAUUUUGUCCCAACUGUGGGAAACUCAGCUACCUUGGUUGGAUUCAAAAGUACAACAGCAAGGGGUAGGCUUGAGUAUAGCCAACGCUCUAACCGCCUGAACUACGAGGCCCCACCAGACGACGAGACUUUAAUCACAUUUAGGUCACGUUACCCACCCGAGCUACUGCAACGUCCGGAAUUCACCAAAUCUGGUACAGUAAGCUAACUGCCCCAGCAGGAUUUCUUAAGUAAUGAAUCUAGAAUCCACCAGAUGACUGCAAGGCUCACGUACUUCACAGAUGUCUUGGCAGAUUUUGAAUAAUCCAUAUUGACCCAAUGUUGAAAAAGUCGACGUCUUGGUCGGAUUCGAACCCUCAACAACAAAGGGAAGGCUUGAGUACAGUGAACACUCUAACCACCUGAGCUACGAUGCUCCCACCGGGAGCCCUGAGUUUAAUCACAUUUGGGUCAAGUUAUCCGCCCAGCCUACCGCAACUUCUGAAAUCCACCAAAUCCAAUACAGUAAACCGACUGUCCAAGCAGGAUUUCCUAAGUAAUCUAUCUAGAAUCCACUAGGUGACUACCAGGCAGUCAGCUUACUGUAUCAAAUUUGGUGAAUUCCAGACGUCACAGGAGGUUGUGGGGGUAAAUUGACCCAAAUGUGACUAAACUUGCGGCUCUCGGUGGGGUCUAGUAGCUCGAGUAGCUAGAACCUUACUGUACUAAAGUCUUCCCCUUACUGCAUGGGUUCGAAUCCCACCGAGCCGCCGAGAUUUUCACAGUUGGAUCAGAAUGAAUUAUUCAAAAUCUGUCAAAACACCUAUUAACUGGUUGGCUAUGUCAUUCCGCCUAGGAUUACCAGCCGCUGAGCAACUGUUGGCUGGGCUCGAGAGACAGCCCCAAGGCACAACGGGACGAGUGAGUCCCGUAACGCUAUUGGUGAGCGUCCCUCUACCAUUAUGCAAUGAGGGUACUGUCGAAAGUAUCAUUUGCGUGAUCGAUAACCACAUGCAGGCGUCUAUCACACAAAAGUAAGUAGCAACCAUGGAAGCACGGAUUUCAGGCGGAGGGACAGGUUGUAUCUCACUCUCACCUCACACAAUUUUAGGACCCCGUACAUAACCCAAGACGACGCUUUUCAGACUCAAGACUAAUGUAACAAACCUUCUUGACCUCUAGGGUGGGUCCUGCUGUCCCUCUGCUCGAGCUGCUUUCCACCAACACAUUUUGAGGCCCCGCUGAGGGAGUACCUCAAGGCCAACCCCUCCAGCUUCUCGAGGGCCUGCAUAAAACGACUCCACCGACUGCACCAGACAGGCACACGCUCCAGACCACCAAGCUACAUGGAACUCCGGGCGGCCGAAGAAAACAAAAGUCUGGUAAUCAACAUUCACUGCGCAGACAACACACAGGUCAAGGUCAAGGUGGAUCCUGCAGUCACGGUGGCAGAGCUGUCUACCAACGCCUUCAAGGCAAUUGGCCUAAAGGACACAUUCGGCUUCGAGAUAUUCAUAAAUAUUUUCGAGAAGGUAAACUGCUUGUCACGAAUUUUGCCGUUUUUGAAUACACGCAUGUCUCUGCAAAGCCACCACAGUGGACAGUAACCUCCCCUUCUGCCAGCCCGGGGUGUCCCGAUGGGAACUUGUAAAAGCUCAAAUUACCGAGACUGGCAAAGUCGGUAGACUGAGGUAGUCGGUAUUCGAAAAAGGGGUGCGGCAAUACCUGUGUUGUCCAAAAUACGAAUACUUUCCUUACUAGCAGUGACCAGAAGAGCUAUAAUACUACCACCUACCAAUAGUCAUUUAGAAUUCUAUUGUGCAUGCCUAUAGGUAGAACAUUAUUUGAUGCUCAUCUGACCCAAAUGUGAUGAACUCGGCGGUCUCAGCGGGGUUCGAACCCACCGUAUUCAGGUUUGUGUACAAUCAACGCUCUAACCAUCCCGGCUACGAGGUCCGGACCGGGAGUUAUGAGUUGAAUCACCGGCGGGAUGGUAGUUGGUAGCCCUGCCAGUUAGCGAUCCUUUCCUGCACUUCCAGUUUAAGGCACUACGAUUUCAGUAGCUGUGAUUACAUUCUCAAUAUGUCUGGGAGUGCACGCGCAGAAGCCCUGUCAGGGUGACUUUCUUGUUCACUUUAACCGCCCCGAGAACGAGGCGCUGCAAAAAUGCCUAUAUAGAUUCAUCGUAUUGCACCCCCCACACGUAAAACUUUAGUAAAAGGCGAAAGAUUUGUCCUAGGCGGAUUAUGAUUCAUCAUGCUUCUCAUUACCAUCCUAGGCGGAUUGGCACGGGUCUCCGUUUUGCCGGUUUGCCUGCGUCCUUGGGUCUUUUUACUCCAGACCUCCUGCAGAUUCCGGCGUGACCGUGUACGAAAAGGACAACCGUCGCGUAGAUAGGGUAUUUACCAAUACUCCACCCACGUAUAGCACACAACGACUGCCAUAGUUUUAAUUCUAAAUGUGGCCACAGUGGCAAUAAACUAUUAUUUGCGGAUUUUCUCUUCCGCCCAAACAUAUUCUUGACAUUAAAGUCUUACCCCCCUUGCGUUAUGCCGUCCUGCGUGCCGCUGCUUGAUUCUCGUGUUCUCAUGUCCAUUCUGUCGGUUUGAGUACUAUCGCACAUACUGCGGAACGACCUUAAGACACACUACCUUCUUCUCAUUGGUUGUUCACCUUCAGUUGCUAUUCUUUCCAAUCUGGGGUAAGGCUGCAUUUAUUCCGCAUACCGUUGUAAUUAACCAUGCUCAUUUCCAUAUCCUUCUUGCAUUUUUCACCUUAUUUAAAUUAGGCUUUCACUUUAGCAGGAGCGUCAACUCCAGGCAUACACUACCAGCGCCAUUUACGCCUCCACUCAUUUGCCCCACCCGUAUAGCCCCGAUUACCACCGGCCCCGUAAGACAGGUAUCUGGGAGUUUUCGGCACCGGGAGGGCUACCAACUACCAUCUAACCGAAUCACCCUUGGCAAAGUAGUCCCCCCAACUUACUACAACGUAUGGAAUCCACCAAUUGUGGUGUUUAGGAUAGGUGAAAAUUCUAAACAUACACAGGAAAUUGUUUAGUGUAUUUUCAUUACAGUAUAUUUAGUUGGCAUCUCUUUAAAACUCCCAAUAGUACCUGGCAUGGGAAAUCGGCAAGGUACGAAAAGGCGUUAAACGUAAGUCCACAUUGAAGCCAUGUUUUCCCGGAAUAAAUUUGAAUAAGGCAAAGGCGACAAAGCAUGCAGAUUUUACUGACGUCAUAAAUUUCGAGACCUCUCAUUUAGCUGCACACGGUCAUUGCAUAGUUAUAUGACACGAUUAUGGACGAAACCCUGUUCCCAUAUACGCCCUCUCAUUUCGCCCCCCGCGCCCUCCCCCUCCCCGGCACGACUGAGUGCUGCCCGCGCGUUGCACUCUAAAUCACGCCAGACAAGUUCUCACUGUAGACCUAACUCUCGUACUUGGAUGACCUCUCCCCCCCUCCCCCCCCUCGCCAUGCGCACCCGCAUACUAGACCCAUGUUUCAUGUUACCUAUCACGUUUUAUCCCUCUAGGUCGAUCGUUGAUUGAACAGUUUGCUUUGUCAUAUAACUAUGCAAUGACCGUGUGCAGCUGAAUGAGAGGUCUCGAAAUUUAUGACGUCAGUAAAUUCUGCAUGUUUUGUCGCCUUUGCCUAAGUCUAUAUUGUCUCUGAAAAGCGUAAGACAAUUUACCAUUCAAAAAACCUGUUUAAAGAAUCUUUGGGAUUUUCGAGAUGGUAAAUGUCUUCCCUUAACUCGGGCGUUGGAACCACCAGACUAAAUGCCAUUUCCAUACUGUUGUGGCAGCUUUCGAGCGAACAUGACCGCGCAAACCUUAACGACUAGAAAACAGCAUGCUGUCUGUUUUACCUUUAGUUUCCACGUCUGCAUUUUGAAUCCCAGUACUUCAAGACUAAAGUCGCCCCAAAAAAACCUUCGUUUUCACUCUGCUGCGGUGUUCUUAACAGUUUAGGAGCGAGGACUGAGACAGAGAUUCACAAGCUUUCGAAGCCUUAUGCUUACUGAAGUUCAACUAUCGCUUUUUGCGCACCUUAAAUACGAACACGAAAGCUCAGACUUCUCGGGAGCGUUUCGGCGGCCGUUAGGCUGCAAACCUGCGUGCUCAGGACGUUCUUCCGUUUUAUUGCUCUCAGGGACUGACGGUCGUCGCUUUGAUUUUGACUUUUGAAGAGCGUGGAGGAUUCGUACUUGAAUCCCGCUGCCGUUCAUGACCUCAAAUAUUCUUCUGUUUGAUGAAUCACACAACUCAGUUUACCAUAUCUCUGAUGAGCAUAUAAACAUUAACUUCAGUAUGGACGAUAAGAGCUCGGCUCUAAGCAGCCAAGUGGUCUUGGACUUUGGCUGUGAACUUCGACAUCCAGGUCUGAUAUUUCAGAAAUUUCGAGAAUACAGACAAAAGUGCGAGUGUGCGGUUCCUGUUCAGAAGAGGAGGGGGCUUCAACCUCCGGAAUAGCCGUUUUACCUGCCCCAGCGGGCAGUCAGUUCCAAGGACAACUUGGACACCGAAACUACGCGGUUUUUAUAGCGUCUCACCGGUUACCCAUCUGGGAACUGGGUCACGCCAUCUGACGGGAUAGUCAGGGAGAUCAAUUUACAGUUUCUUGUCGUUGCUGUCGUGAGCUAACCCUUCAAACAGUUUAGAAUCGCCUUUAUUCCUGAGUCACCCCAUUUUCCUGACUUUUUUUCAAGUCGAAUUUGUUACCUGCCUCUGAGGUGCGCACAGCAUGCCCAGACGGUGAGCUAUCCUUCGUGCCACCAUUUUGGAGUUCUGUACUAUGAGUUCAGGCUUCUUACAGUCCUUUGACCCAUGACCUGGGGACACGCGUGUUUGUAUGGGUACUCUAUGCAUCCCUCAGAUCAUCAUUCAGGAGACUUGAUUAGAGGUUUAUUUUAUUGUCCUUUGGUCCCAUGACUCCUACCUACAGGAGUUUCGGAUGGACGGUCGAUAACCAUGCAUAAUAUACUGAAAGAUUCGAAAGCUUCAGUAGGUUCCACGUUUGUGCUCAGAAGAAGUAAAAAAAGCACCAGUCGAUAAACAUCGUAAGUGGCCGUUGUUUGCGUAUGGGUGGCAUAGAUGCCCAGGUUUUCGCGUUCAUUGUUCUAGGUCACUGCCAUGUUUCCUAUUUUUACAUCAGGAGCAGGGAUGAUUAGAGACAUACCGACGACCGGUAAUCUUCAGAGAAGAGUUUCUGGUGGUUCGUUUGUACAUGGAUCUAUUUAUAACUUCACGGUGCUUUAUUAUGCAUGCCAGUAUAUCUAUAUUUGAAGAAUUGAAGGCAGAACUCGUGCUCAGUUAAUUUUAAAAUAUUAACUGUCAAUAUUAAACUGCAAACAUUCAGAAUUGCGUUCAAGUCAAAAGACAACACAUUUAAGAACGAUUAUUGUCGCUCGGCGCGGAAAGAGUGUAGGUCACGAAGUGUCUCACAAGGCUGUCUUUAUGUAAUCAUGUUGUGGAAGCGAAUUUGUCAAACAUUU